AUUGGAUUCUGCAUUUUUAUCUUUUUGAUUCUAGGAUUGAGAUUUAUUGCAAUUGGAAGUCACAUUGCUAGUGAUGCUAGAGGUGAAAAGUAUAUUGGGUGAAGAUUGGCAAGUUAAGCCGAAUGCUAAGAAAACGCAUCGGUUCUCCCGUCUAGGUUAUGUCUAUUCUAUGCCCCAUGCCUUUUCACUGGCAUCGUUACAUGGCAGUGCCAAACUGUGUUAUGUAGAAAAUAUGGCGUAAAGUGAACGUCGUACAUGUCUCUCAGUGAUAUCGGUAAGGGAUCAAGUGUCGCUUCUGGAAUUUCUAUAUCCGACGUACGAGAGAGAAGUACAUCGGCUCGCCUGUCACGUGAUUGAAACAGAUCUGAGAAUGACUAACACAGAAUUCGAAGUACAAAUCGUUCAGAUUGAAACAAUAAAGAGGUAUAUGUGGGCUGUACUCUAACAUAUAUAUAUUGCCAAUCAUGGUUUGUAGAGCAGGUCAAAUAUGUUUCAUUCAAUGCAAUUUAUCUGGAGUUAAAAAUAAGAUUUUUACUGCUGACAGACUUCUGCUUCAUGAAUCUACCCGUGGUGAGGAUCUUUAUGUUCAUAUUGAAGAGCAUUGUCAAAUACAACCAGACAGUUUUAAGUUGUAUUUAUUAUCAGGCAGGAAAUUGAUCGAUUUAUCUGAAGUGAAAGAUAAAACAAUGUCAGAAAUUGGUGUGGAUUUUUCUUUCGAUCGAGAAUCAUCAACUGAGCACAAGCACACACUUUUAGUUAUGGAUCCAACAGAUAUUUUGCAGAAACAAUGGCGCCGUCGGACUGCAUAUAAUCCUCCGCCACCAUCUCCCAAUCAUUCAUCAGUAUGGGGUGAAGAUAAUAAUGUUGAUUUUAAAAGCCUCAUUAAGUCUGAAACAUGCUAUGUUGGUUUAGUCAAUCAAGCAAUGACAUGUUACUUAAAUAGUUUAUUACAAGCAUUAUAUAUGACUCCUGAAUUUCGAAAUGCAUUGUACAAUUGGGAAUAUGUAGAAGGAUCAGAAAAAGAUGAAGCUAAUAGUAUCCCAUAUCAAUUACAGAAGUUAUUUUUAAAUUUACAAACAUCGACAAAAUCGGCAGUAGAAACAACAGCACUAACAAAGAGUUUUGGUUGGGAUUCAACAGAGGCCUGGCAACAACAUGAUAUUCAAGAACUUUGUAGAGUUAUGUUCGAUGCAUUAGAACAAAAAUUUAAAAAUACAGAACAAGCUGAUUUGAUAAAUAGACUUUAUGAAGGAAAGAUGAUUGAUUAUGUUAAAUGUCUUGAGUGUAGUACUGAAAAAUCAAGGGAAGAUACUUUUCUUGAUAUACCAUUACCAGUAAGACCUUUUGGAAGUAAUGUGGCAUAUACAAGCGUGGAAGAAGCUUUAAGAGCAUUUGUCCAACAUGAAAUUUUGGAAGGAAGUAAUCAAUAUCAUUGUGAAAAAUGUAAUAAAAAAUGCGAUGCUCAUAAAGGAUUAAAGUUCACAAAAUUUCCCUAUCUUCUGACACUACAUCUUAAACGAUUCGAUUUUGAUUUCAAAACCUUCCACAGAAUUAAGCUUAAUGAUAAGGUUACUUUUCCAGAUAUAUUAAAUUUAAAUUCUUUUAUUGCUUCUAUGCCAAAUCAAGAAUCUCCGAGUACUGAUGAAAAUAUUGGUUUAGCGAAAUGCGACGAUAAUUCUAUAACAGAUAGUGGUACAUUAGAUGAUGAUUGUCCUCCGUGUGAAAACAGUCUUCCUAAUAGUAAUCAUUCAACAAAUCACGACCAGGAUGAUGAUGAAGGCAUAGAUAUGAGUAAUGGACCUUCAACAUCGAAUUGCACUGUGCAUAAUCACGAAAAUGAAAAAGAUCGUAGCAAUAAUGUAAAAGGACCUUAUAAUUAUGAGUUGUUCUCAAUUAUGAUUCAUAGCGGUAGUGCUAGCGGUGGUCAUUAUUAUGCUUAUAUAAAAGAUUUUAGAACGAAUGAAUGGUUCUGUUUUAAUGAUCAGAACGUAACCCAGAUAACUCACGAUGAUAUUCAGAAAACGUAUGGUGGUGGUUCAACUAGGUCAUAUUUUAGUGGAGCUUAUAGCAGUACUAAUGCGUACAUGCUCAUGUAUAGACAAAUUGAUCCUAUUCGUAAUAUUUUGCCCAUGCAAGUGCAAGAUUUUCCAAAACACAUACAGGAAUUGUUGAAAAAAAUGAAGGAGAAUGAAGACAAUGAUAGAAAGAGUCGUGAAAGAGAUUUGGCCAGAGUAAAAGUAUAUUGUCAGCAUCCUAACGAAGAUAAAAAAUUACAUUGUAGACUUUCCUUCUCGCCUAAUGCCACUUGGGCUGAAACGACGAAGUAUGUUUAUGAGAACUUUUGCUUAGAAAGAGUGUUGAGCUUAAAUCAGUGUCGUUUAGUUGCUUACGACCACAACAAUGACUUAAUUGUGACUAGUUACGAAGGUAGAGAACACGAAACAUUUGCAAGUAUUUGGAAUAAUCGAGUGACUCGUUAUAGUUUACUAUUAGAAGUACGUGAUAAAGAUCAAAAAUUCGAGCCACAUCUACGAAGUGUAGGUAUUUUAACUAAAGUGUACGUCGUCGAUAUAGCUAGAAAGAAGCUUAUUGAAGGGCCACAAACUGUACGAAGUUCGUUUUCGCAAACAGUGAAAGAAUAUAAGCAAGUAGUAGGAACAAUGUUUAAUAUGGAUCCGGAUGACAUGAAGUUAGUUGUACGAAAACACGGAACAGACGCGAUAUUUGUACAGAACGACGAUGCUAUAUUAGCAGUUUCAGACUUUUAUAACUUGGUUAAAGUUUUCGUAUGUACUUCGUAUGAUGCCGAGUGUAAUAAAUCCUACUUCGAAACAACAAUAUCUGGUAUUGCUGAACAGUUAGAAAACAUUAUAACAUUACGUAUAAAGUUACCUCCUAAUUCAAGCAAAGAAAUGUUGGAAGAAUUAAAUAUUCCAAUGUUAGAAGAAGAUAAAGAAAAACCUGUGACUGACAGCCCAUCCAAAGCGAGCAUUACUGAAACGUUUCGAGAUAAUGGUACAAAAUGUAACGAGAUUUUAAAGAACGGAAAACUUGUUGAAGAUGCUCCAAUAAAAAAUGCAAGUCCACAGUUAGGAGAGGGCGAAGAGUGGCAUACUCCUGAACAAAGUAACAGCGAAGACAGUAGUCUCAGCGAUAGUGACAAAACUUUAGUUGGAGAUGCUCCAGGGGACGAAGACUUUCAAUUACCAUAUCUUUCAUCGAGUACAAGUAAUCGAGCUAUUAAAAUGUUAAAUAAGGUUGGACUCGAAAACUGGGACAAUAUUAUCGACGAUUCAGAGUAUUAUUUUAAAGCCACUCCAUUUACGAAUCAUAAUGAAAAAUUUUUGAAAGUAUUAGUGGAUAAAAGAAUGAUAUUCAAUACUUUGAAGAAAAACUUAGAGCCAUACGUUGGUGUACCCGCAGAAUAUUUUAAAAUUUGUCGUUACUUUGAUGAAUGUAGUGAAUCAGAGUGUAGCUGUUUACUUAGUCAACUUGUUUCUUAUGAAGAUGGAGAAAAACUUUGGAUAGAAAUAGGACGGGCUUUACGUAAUGGUGAAUUUACAGUAAAAUUACAUCAGUUUUCCCUUGACUCGGCCGAGGGCAAAUUUUUGUUCGAAUGGAUUGUUUCGGAAGAUAUGACUGUCGGACAGGCGAAGAAAGAAAUUCUUGCAGAAAUGAAAAGAAGAUAUAAUAUAGAAAUACCGUACGAACGAUGUCGAUUAAGGGAAAAGUGCUUCGUGUCACCUUCAAAAGUACUUUUAGAUCAUCAAAAGUUUAAGGAUUUCCAAUAUUAUUCGCAAUUUGAGAUGAUUGUACAAGAGUUACCUGAUAAAGAUCCAGUUACCAAUAGCAAUCAAGUCAUUAUAUUUGUUCGACGUUGGACAAAUUUUAUCUCAAAAAUUCAUCUUGGACCACCUCAAGAAAUCGUAUUAGAUGAAACAACUAUAGAAGAAAUGAUGAAAAAAUUGUCUUUAAUAUCGGAUAUACCUGAAAAAUAUAUAAAUAUUAUAAGAGGAAAAGGUUCAGUACAUAUGCCUAUUAUACGAAUUGAGAAUGAUCAAGACUGGAUUGGAUUAACUGCUGGAAUGGAAUUUAAUCCUGAGGAUGGCGCUCUGUUCUUAUAUAGAGAUAGUAGGGAAACUUCACAAUCAUCAUCCCAAGAAGAGUACAAUGAUAUUGCAAUUCGAGAAGUAUCACCUUUUUUACCACUUUCUUCUGCGUCUCGUUACAAUGCACGUAAAGAGAAAGCGCUUAGAAUAUAUUUGGAUGGUGAAUGAUCCUCUAUUGAACAUAAGUACUCUGAAAAACAAUUGUUAAAUAGGUAUGUGUGGGAAUAUGAAACGUUUGCGUACAAAGUGAUUACAUCGUGUCAGGUAUUUGUGGAAUCGAGUACUCAACAAUUACAAAAUAUUCUGUGCUUCACGAAGUCUUCAAUAUGUCAAAGCUUCCUUAUCUUUAAAGCCUUUUGGUCCUUGGAACCGAUCGGAUUCGUAAAAUUCCUCGAAUUUGUGAAAUAUUACAUGUUACCGAAAGAUUUUAGACCUCGAUUAUCUCGCUUCAUUUCGAUGUGUUUCGAGACUAUAAGGAUCAUAAAACUCCCAAUAACGUAUGGAUUACUGAGUUAUAGAAUCUCAUUCAAGAGCACAAAUAAUAGUGAAAAUAAUGAAAGUGCUAAAUAGGAGUAAAUUACAAAAGAGAAGAAGGGAAAGAAAUUGAAUCACCAAUUGCUUGGUGAUAAUCCGAAUUUAAACUAUGGACUUCUUACGAUACGUGUGUGUGUAACUGAUAUAUAUAUUUGGAGUUCCUGCAGCUACAUUAUUUUCAUAAAUUUCUUGAUAUAUUUUUUAACCGUAAGAAUUUUGAUAUUUUCACAUAUCUCUGUAUCAAAACGUUUUAGCCAAUCGUUUUAUUUAAAAUGUUAAAGAAUUUUAAUAUCGAAAUGCAGCACAGAGUAUAUUCAUUUGUUGAUUAAAAAAAAGAGAAAGAAAAAAAGAAAGAAAGAAGAAAGAAAAAAACAUUUAUCUGACACAACAAUAAUUAACCCUUUUAAUGCCAGUAUAGGUUAAAUUCCAUUCUUACAAUAUAAUAUGUAAUAUCAUGUCUUGAGUUCAAUAAUUUGAUAGUAGUAGCAUCUGGAUUUAUUUGGAAAUUACUACUUAGAAACAAGUGCUUGUUAUAAUUUCGAAUAUAUUAAAUAUAUAUUUUACCAAGUUUAUUGAUAAUUUUACAUUUUGUAUCAUAUAAUUUUACAUUUCACAAUACUUGUUCACAUAUAAACUUGGCGUCAUUAUUAUUAAGUUAAAAAAAAAAUAUUUAUUGAUGUGAACAUAAAGAUUUAUCAUGACCAGGCUUGUAUUCUAUACAGUCUGUUUUAAUUUAUGUAAUUAUCUAUGUUUAUCAUUCAUUACGUAUUAUGAACAUGUAAAAAUCUGUGCCACUAGAAAACAGAAACCAAAAAGUAUAUUUAGCCAUUUUUUGGCAUUGCUGCCAUUUCCUACAAAUCAAGUUUUCAAUGAAAAUAAGAGAUUCUUGGAAAGAAGUCCACUAAAUUUACAUUUUGUAGAUGAAUGCUUGUAAAUAAUAAAACUUAUGAAUUAAAUAUUGAUAUCUUUCUUCAUAUCAAUAUCACCGUAAUAUAAACAGAAAUAUAUAUAUAUACAUAAAAAUAUGUUUUGUAUUAAAAUGUACGAUAAUGCAAUGCAUGCACGUAGCAUCAUCAUCCUCUUUGCAUUUAUCAGCAGUUUGAGUCGGCAUUUUUUUUUUUUUUUUGCUAAUUCCACGCUGUUAGAAAAUUUUUGGUGCUGAAAGGGUUAAAUACGAAGUUGUUGAUCCCUGUCACUAUUAGAACGUUUUGAUAGACUGUCCAAAACUUACUAUGUUAUUUCUUUACAAUUGUUUUAUCACUCGAGAUGAAUGCAUUGAAUUAAUUAAUCAACAAUCGAUAGAGAUAUUGAAAAUUUAUUAGAUUAAGAAAAAAAAGGGGAGAAAUUUAUAAGACAUAAACAUAUAUGUAUGUUAGCUUUUGAGAUACUGAUAUCGAUUGUUGCAUGACUAUUCAAUAAUGCUCUCAGAAGUUUUCAAUAUAUAGUUGUAAUUUAUAUUUAUGGUAUAUUUGUUACGUGAAGCCUAGUUCAAAUCAUUCGAUUAUGCGAUGACUUGUUAUAAACAUGACAAUCUAGAUGUUUAUAGAAUAAAGAAAAACCGUAAAAAUCUUGUUGAUGCAUAUCAUUAAUGAUAAUUGGAGAAAUUACGUGAUUCUUAUCGAUUACAUUUUGAUUUAUUAAAUUCAUCAAAGUUCAUCAUUUUAUUACCAAAAUUGCGUGAGUGAUCUAAUUGCGUGUAACAAUAUUUAGAGAAAAAUGGAGAAAAAUGAUGAAAUUUAUCUUUUCCAAUGUUUUAUUACGAAAACGAAUCUAAAACUGUGGAAAUUAAUUAACUUGAAAAAUUAUUCUCGGUAGUUUCGUAGUUUCUUGUUCAAUUAUUGAUUACUUUGGUUUCUCUUUAUAUUAUCUUGCAUCUUGUUUGUAAUUUGUAAUUUAAACGAACUAGGCUUCAAUACUCUUUAAUGAUUGUUUUUGUAAUUACCAAAUAUUGGAAUAAUGUCCUUUGUGCAUAAUAGUGGGUAUGUGCGAAUAAUAAAUUUCGAAAUUCAUAAAAUUUUUAAGAAAUUUGAAAGAAAAGAAAGGAAUAUUUUAAAUUGAUAUUUUUUAUAUUUAUUUAUAUUUUAUAGUAAUUUAAAUGAAUAGUUCGUAAGGCUGCAAUUGGAGUUUUCUUUUCGUUUAGAUGGAUCGAACGUUGUUUAAUUGUUAUUUUUGAAACUUUCUCAAUCAGAAGAUAUCUCUUCGUCAUUGUAAGAUCUACAGGGUGUCCCGCGACUUGUGGUCGACCGACUGGAAAAAUUUAUCAAGUACACGUGUAGUUACGGUAAUUUUUAACGAAACACGAAAGUUGAUUUUCUUUAACACGUCUUAACCGAAAAAAAUUUUAUUCUACGUUUUUUUAUUUAUUUUUGCGCGUAGAAUAUCUUCGUGCCCGUCCAGUAUCGAAGCCAAAUUCAAGCGUAGUUGAUAAAUUUUUAAACUCAAUUUUCUCAAAGACGAAGUUUAUUGUUUUAAUGAACAAAUUUUAUUCUUUCUUUUCGACACAUUUUUAUACGUAGAAUCACCUCUCAAUAUGUUGACCACGAGUCGCGGGGCUCUCCCUGUACAAGGUAUUUAAUAUUUCACUAACUUUCUUUGCUGUUUGAUAUUUGUCUGUACCUACUACUAUCUUAAAUAUUUCUUAAAUAUUUAAAAACGUACGUGAGUAUUUUUCUGUCUAUUCGGUUAUUGUUUUGAAAAUGUUUACGUGUAUUUAUGUUAUAACAGAGGAAUACAAACGACGUUGAAAAAAAUCAUAUUUAUAUCCUUUUUGCGGAUAAGCCCAAUGUCCUAAAUCACCGCGAACUUUAUGAACUGUUAUGGUUAUGAUUGUAGUUUCUAUCGGACUCUUCACCACCGACGAUACAAGUGUUGUCCUUAUGUAUUAUACACUACAAUUACGAAUCAAAUUAUGUUUAUAUAAUUAUUAAUAAUUGAAUACUGAAGUGACUGAA